GAAAGUUACUAAUAUAGUGAUGAUAUCUUGGAAAUACCAAAUAGUCUUCAACUCUGAUAUAAUUAUGUAUGAAAAUUAUUUAAGCCAAGUUUCAGCUGAAUCAAACAGCAAAGUUCUGGUAUAAUGAAUCAUAUCUUGGGCAAGCCAAGUUUUGGUGACGUAAACUUGGGCUUGAACCAAACACACCCUAACACCUCCUGGCAUCAUAUCCUGAAGCCUAGAGGAAACAUUGAUUUCCCUCAACAGAGAGAGAGAGAGAGAGAGAGAAAUAUUGAUCAGCAGAAUGUUUAAUUUUUCGCAGAAAGUGCCAAAAGUAAAACAACAGCAGCAUCCCCAUGAAAAGUUUUAUGUAUAUCCAUGGCAGUCAUUCCAUUAAACAAAUCGCAUCUGCAACUAAGAUAUUGAAGGAACACAUUUUUGCACAAGGCAUAAAGAAGGCUAUAUAUGUUUUAUAUUUGCAUAAAUUGAGAAAUGUGGCACGCACCUAAUCAUUUAGAAAAGAUCAUGCGUUUCCUAUGGCACAGCCAAAUAAUUUUUAUUACAUAUUCCCGUGUUUUCAGUUCAUAUAGGAUUUAUUUAACAUGCCAUGACACCAAAUUUCUGUAUUUUCUAUUCUUGUGUUGCAUUUUUGAAAUCUCGCAAACCAAAAGAGGCCCUUAGAAUUAUAGAACUGCCCACUUAUUUUUCAUUUUUGUUCAGUGUCACUUCGAAAGGAACCACAAUGAUUAGGUCCUGUCACUCAGCGAUAGUGAGGUGUGAAAACCAGAAGUUAGGUACACCGUAUACCAUCCACCAUCCACCACGAAAGGCUCUCUGUCCAAAGGAGCAGUUAAAUAUCUCCAAGCCAGGGGAUGGUUCUUCUCCUGCUUAAAUAAUCGUUUGUGUUGAAGAUGAGUCUCAUGAACUGUACUGCACGACCAUAAGCAGAACCUUCACCUAACAUGACUAGGCAUAGUUAACCAGAGACACACGCUUGCAAAGUUCAAACUGAAAUUUUCAGAAGACCUUUCUGGCUUGGUUUCACAUGGAAGAGAAUUCACCACUUGCUAGUUGCUACUGAUGCCCAGGAUAAGGAAAAUGCAUGGAAAUGGCCAAGCACUCCAAGUCAACACGUCCCCAAAAGCACAUGGUCCUCAGUCCUCACCAGUGUCUACUCCUUUCAGCCUUUCUUCCCCUUCUGCCUUCUCACACAGUCAAACAACUGAAAAACAAGGAAACAAAGCUCCCAUGGCAGCAGAGGCAAUCUUAGGAGCCUUCAUGCAAACCCUGUUCCAGAAAUUGUCUGAAGCACUUCUCGACCACUUCAAGUCUUGCAGGGGCAUCCAUGGCAAGCUGGAGAGCCUCUCCCAGAUUCUCUCUCAGCUACAGGCCUUCCUCGACGACGCCGAGGCGAAGCAGCUGGCAGACGCGUCCGUGCGGGGCUGGCUAGCGAAGCUCAAGGACGUCGCAUACGACCUAGAUGAUCUGCUCGACAGGUAUACAGCCAAGAUUAUGUAUCUGAAGAAGAGGAAGGUGAAACUCUCCACCAAGGCAAGUGUCGGUUCCCCUUCUUCCUUCCUGCGUAGGAAUCUGUACCAGUACAGGAUAAAGCGUAAGAUUAGCGGGAUAUUGGAGAGGUUGGAUAAAAUUGCAAGAGAACGCGACACGAUUGGGCUCCAGAUGUUGGGUGAAAUGAGCAGGCGUGAGACGCCGGAGAGGCCACAGUCGAGCUCUCUUGUGGAUAGUUCAGCUCUGUUUGGCAGGGAGGGAGACAGAGAGGAAAUGGUGAGGCUCAUGCUAUCUGAUAAUAGGCACAGUUCCUGCAAUGUUUGUGUUAUUCCAGUUGUUGGCAUGGGGGGGCUUGGUAAGACAACUCUCAUGCAGAUGGUGUACAAUGAUGAAAGGGUGAAAGAACACUUUGAAUUGAGGAUCUGGAUCUAUGUGUCUGAAUGCUUUGACGGGAGAAAACUGACACAAGAAACUCUCGAGGCUGCUGCCUAUGACCAAUCCUUUCCUAGCACCAACAUGAACAUGCUGCAGGAAACACUCUCUAGAGUGUUGCGGGGCAAGAGGUACUUGCUUGUCUUGGACGAUGUCUGGAAUGAAGACUAUGAUAAAUGGCUCAGCUACAGAGCAGCCCUAAUUUCAGGAGGGCUUGGAAGCAAGAUAGUGGUUACAACGCGCAAUGAGAAUGUUGGCAGAAUCAUGGGAGGGCUAGAGCCCUACAAGUUACAGCAACUAUCGGAUGACGACAGCUGGUCUGUAUUCAAGAGCCAUGCAUUCAGGGAUGGUGACUGCAGCACAUACCCGCAGCUGGAGGUGAUAGGAAGGCAAAUUGUGAAGAAGCUGAAGGGAUUGCCUCUCGCAUCGAAAGCAUUAGGGAGCCUCCUCUUCUGCAAAGCAGAUGAAGGGGAGUGGAAGGGGAUACUAAGAAGUGAUAUAUGGGAGCUACCAGCAGACAAAAAUAACAUAUUGCCAGCUCUGCGGCUAAGCUAUAACCAUUUACCACCACAUCUGAAGCAGUGCUUUGCAUUCUGUUCCGUGUAUCCAAAAGAUUAUAUAUUCAGUAAAGAGAAGCUGGUUAAGAUUUGGCUAGCACUUGGUUUCAUCAGGCAAUCUAGAAAGAAGAUACUGGAGGAUUCUGGUAAUGCAUAUUUUAAUGAGCUAGUAAGCAGGUCUUUUUUCCAGCCCUACAAGGAGAACUAUGUGAUGCAUGAUGCAAUGCAUGACCUUGCUAUAUCAGUUUCCAUGGAACACUGUGAACGAUUUGAGGAUGGGACAAGAUACGACAAUGCCAUAAAGACCCGUCAUCUUUCAUUUCCAUGCACCGGUGCCGGGACCAAGCAUUUUGAUCCACUGUAUGGGUUUAGGAAGUUAAGAACACUAAUUCUCAUGCAUGGAUACAAUUCUAAAAUGUCUCGGUUUCCUGAUGGUGUCUUUAUGAAACUUCAAUUCCUUAGAGUUCUUGAUAUGCAUGGAAGAGGUCUUAAGGAAUUACCAGAGUCUAUAGGGAAUCUGAAACAACUUCGCUUCCUAGAUCUCAGCAGCACUGAAAUAAAAACAUUACCAGCAUCUAUUGUCAAGCUCUAUAACUUGCAAAUACUGAAGCUGAACAACUGCAGCUCACUAAGGGAAGUGCCACAUGGCAUCACUAAGCUCACUAAUCUGCGCCACUUAGAGGGAAGCACAAGGCUACUGUUAAGGAUACCAGGAAUUGGAAAUUUGAUCUGCCUACAGGAAUUAGAAGAAUUUGUUGUCUUGAAACGCCCCAGACACAACAUCACAGAGUUAAGAAACAUGGAUCAGCUGCAAGGAAAACUUACCAUUCGUGGCCUCAACAAUGUGGCUGAUGAACAAGAUGCAAUUUGUGCGAAGUUGAAAACCAAAGAACAUCUUCGAGCUCUACACUUUAUAUGGGAUGAGGACUGCAAACUUACUCCUUCAGAUCAGCAAGACGAAGUUCUGGAAGGCCUUCAACCACAUAUCGAUCUCAAGGAAUUGAUGAUUAAAGGUUUUCCAGGGGUGAGGUUCCCGAGCUGGCUCGCUUCUUCAUUUCUUCCUAAUCUGCAAACCACCCAUAUAUGCAACUGCAGAUGCACAGUUCUCCCGCCAUUAGGCCAACUUCCUUUCCUUAAAAAUCUCAAUAUAGCAGGAGCAACUGAGGUGACACAAAUUGGACACGAGUUCACAGGACUUGGGCAAAUAAAAUGUUUUCCAGCUUUAGAAGAGCUUCUGUUGGAAGAUAUGCCGAAGCUGGGAGAGUGGAUUUUUGAUGAUGCUGAUCAGUUGUUCCCUCAAUUAACUGAACUUGGUCUCAUCAGUUGCCCCAAGCUGAAGAAGUUACCCCCUGUUCCACCAACACUUACAACACUGAGGAUAGAUGAAGCUGGACUUGAGUCACUUCCAGAUCUUCAAAAAGAAGCUUGUCCGUCUUCUCUAACAUUUCUAUACAUCAAUGGUUGCCCGAAUCUAACAUCUCUGCGUGUAGGCUUGCUUUCACAUAAUCUGACAGCCCUCAAGAGUCUAACAGUAGCCCACUGUGAAGAGCUUGUUUCGCUACCAGAAGAGUGUUUCCGUCCACUUACAUCACUUCAGUUCCUGCACAUCUACGAGUGCCCUUGCCUGGUACCUUGGACAGCCCUGGAGCGAGGCUUGCUUCCCGCUUCAGUUGAGGAAAUCCGUCUAGUAUCUUGCUCUCUGUUAGCACAUGUACUUCUAGAUGGCCUACAAUACUGUCCUCUUCUCAAGCAUUUUCAAAUUUCUGACUACCAAAUUGCUGACUACCCUGACAUCAGUAACUUUCCACUGGAGCUUUUACCUCACACACUUCAGUUCUUAGACAUAUCACGCUGUGAUGACCUCCAGUGUUUGCCUCCUGGUCUGCAUGAAGUCUCCUCACUUGAAACACUACAUAUCUCCAACUGUCGUGAGCUUGAAAGCUUGCCAGAAGAAGGUCUGCCAAGGGGGCUCAAGGAGCUUUACAUCAAUCAAUGCCCAAAAAUUAAGCAACGAUGCCAAGAAGGUGGGCAGGACCGAGUCAAGAUAGCUCACAUCAGAGACAUCGAGAUUGAUGGGGAUGUUAUUGUGCUUGAGCAGAUAUAGAAGGUUGGAGCGGACAAUGUGAGCGGCGGCAGGAUGAGAGAGCGACGGCGCGGGCGUCCUGGCUGCGGUUGCCUUUAGGCCUCUCCUCCGACGAGGGGCGCCGGCGAGGCCAUGUACCGGACGGAGGUUGGCCACGGCCGCGUCCGCACGGUGGGCGGCGGGGUGGGGACAGACCUCAACAACUGUCGUGGAAAAUUGCCGAAAACACCCUGCUCGGCGCUCGCAACCAUUGAACCAUACACACACCCUUGGCCCACCUUGGCAGCGAGUCGUCGUCUUUUCCCCCGAG